GGAUCGACCAACGUGGUUUACCAAGCCCACCAUGUCAGCAGGAGUAAAAGAGGACAAGUCGUCGGGACCAGGGGUGGAUUCCGAGGCUGCACGGUUUGGCUGACAGGCCUCUCCGGAGCUGGCAAGACAACCAUUAGCUUUGCUCUGGAAGAGUACUUGGUCUCUCACAGCAUCCCGUGCUAUUCCCUGGACGGAGACAACGUUCGGCAUGGCUUGAAUAAAAACCUGGGUUUCUCGGCUGGGGACCGCGAGGAGAACAUCCGCCGCAUCGCGGAGGUGGCCCGGCUGUUCGCCGACGCCGGGCUCGUCUGCAUCACUAGUUUCAUUUCUCCUUUCGCAAAGGAUCGGCAAAACGCACGGAAAAUUCACGAGGCAGCUCGACUUCCUUUCUUUGAAAUCUUUGUAGACGCUCCUCUGAAUAUUUGUGAAAGCAGAGAUGUGAAGGGCCUGUACAAAAAGGCAAGAGCUGGAGAGAUCAAAGGAUUCACAGGCAUCGACUCAGAGUACGAGAACCCCGAAUCUCCUGAACUAGUGUUGAAAACAAACGUUGCGUCGGUGUCCGAGUGUAUUCAGCAGGUUGUGGAGCUCCUCCGAACACAAAACAUCGUGCCCCGCAGCUCCACUAAGGAUGUUCUUGAGCUGUUUGUGCCCGAGAACAAGCUCAGCAGCGUCCGAGCGGAAGCGGAGACGCUGCCGUGCGUAGAGAUCACCAAGCUGGAUCUGCAGUGGGUGCAGGUGCUGAGCGAAGGCUGGGCCACUCCGCUGACCGGCUUCAUGCGCGAGGUGGAGUACCUGCAAGUGAUCCAUUUUGGCACCCUGCUCCAUGGAAGGAAUCUCUCUGUAGGUGACGGCAUUGUCAACCUGAGCAUCCCCAUCGUGCUGCCGAUCUCCACGGAGGACAAGGAGCGGCUGAAGGGCUGCGAGGCGCUGGCGCUCAGCUACGAAGGGCGGAGGGUUGCUAUCCUGAAGGACCCGGAGUACUUCGAGCACAGGAAGGAGGAGCGCUGUGCCCGCAUCUGGGGCACCACCUGCGUGAAGCACCCGCACGUCAGAAUGGUGAUGGAGAGCGGAGACUGGCUGGUUGGUGGAGACCUCCUUGUGCUGGAGAAGAUCAAGUGGAACGAUGGGCUGGACCAGUACCGCCUGACACCGCUCACCCUCAAGCAGAAGUUCAGAGAAAUGAACGCUGAUGCCAUCUUCGCGUUUCAGCUGCGCAACCCCGUCCACAACGGGCACGCCCUGCUCAUGCAGGACACGCAGCGCCAGCUGUUGGAGAGGGGUUACAAAACCCCCGUGCUCCUCCUGCACCCCCUGGGAGGAUGGACCAAAGACGACGACGUCCCGCUGGAGUGGCGGAUGAAGCAGCACGCGGCUGUGCUGGAGGAGCGGGUCCUGGACCCCAAGUCGACCGUCGUUGCCAUCUUCCCCUCUCCCAUGCUCUACGCCGGCCCCACGGAGGUGCAGUGGCACUGCCGAGCUCGCAUGAUCGCCGGGGCCAAUUUCUACAUCGUGGGGCGGGACCCCGCUGGCAUGCCUCACCCCGAGACCAAGAAGGACCUCUACGAGCCCACGCAGGGAGGGAAGGUCCUCAGCAUGGCGCCGGGCCUCACCUCGGUGGAAAUCAUCCCGUUCCGGGUGGCUGCUUACAACAAACUGAAAAGGGCCAUGGAUUUUUACGACCCGAAAAGUCACAACGAUUUUGACUUCAUCUCAGGAACGCGCAUGCGGAAGCUCGCGCGGGAAGGUCAAAACCCACCGGAUGGCUUCAUGGCCCCCAAAGCUUGGAAGGUCCUAACCGAGUACUACCAGUCGCUGGAGAAAAAGAAUUAA